UCCCUGCCCAGCACUGUCCUGAAGAAAUCUGGAAGGUGCUUCCACGGGCACGGCAGGAGGUCUCUCCUGUUCUCCUUACAAAUGCGUUAGGUCACAGGUGGGAUGGCGGGCGCGGGGCCGCGCAGAGGGAGGAAGGAUGACAACGGCAUCGGCACGGCCAUCGACUUCGUGCUGUCCAACGCCCGGCUGGUGCUGGGCGUGGGGGGAGCUGCCAUGCUGGGCAUCGCCACGCUGGCCGUCAAGCGGAUGUAUGACCGGGCAAUCAGUGCUCCCAGCAGCCCCACUCGCUUGAGCCAGUCGGGAAAGAGAAGCUGGGAAGAACCAAACUGGCUGGGCUCCUCCUCACGCCUGCUGAGCCAGGACAUGAAGACCAACCUCAGCCGCUCCCUGCAGACCCUUCCCACCGAUCCUUCGGCUGCAGACACAGACUUUUUCCGAGCCACGAAGCCCAAGCCAUCUGCCAAGAGGAGCCAAGUGGAGCUGAAAAAGUCCCGCCUUCGCCUGUCUCUGCAAGAGAAGCUCUUUGCUUACUACCGGAGGAAGGUGGCCAUCCCAGGGGAGGAGCAGGCUCGGGCCAAGCAAGCUGCCGUGGACAUCUGCGCGGAGCUGCGCAGCUUCCUGCGAGCCAAGCUGCCCGACAUGCCCCUGCGGGACAUGUACCUGAGCGGCAGCCUCUACGAUGAUCUGCAGGUGGUGACAGCUGACCACAUCCAGCUCAUUGUGCCUCUGAUGCUGGAGCAGAACCUGUGGUCAUGCAUCCCUGGGGAGGACACCAUCAUGAACAUUCCUGGCUUCUACUUGGUGCGUCGGGAAAACCCUGAGUACUUUCCCCGUGGGAGCAGCUACUGGGACCGCUGUGUGGUGGGAGGUUACCUUUCCCCCAAAGCUGUAGCAGACACCUUUGAGAAAGUUGUAGCUGGCUCCAUCAACUGGCCAGCAAUUGGUUCUCUCUUGGAUUAUGUGAUCCGUCCAGCAGCUCCUCCAGCAGAUUUGACACUGGAAGUCCAGUAUGAUCCAGGACGGCAUCUUUUUAUUGACUUCCUGCCAUCCCUGACCCUGGGUGACAUCAUCCUUGUGGCCAGACCCCAUCGAUUGGUCCAUAAUGACAAUCUGUGGCGACUGAGCCUGCGGCCAGCAGAAACGGCUCGCCUCCGAGCUCUGGACCAGGGUGAUUCUGGCUGCCGUUGCUUGUGCCUGAAGAUCUUCAAAGCGAUAUGCAAGUUGAACCCAGCCCUGGGCCACCUCACUGCCAGCCAGCUCACCAAUGUCAUCCUGCACCUAUCCCAAGAAGAGUCUGACUGGUCCCAGGACAUGCUGGCUGAUCGCUUCUUGCAGGCACUGAAGGGGUUGAUCCGCUACUUGGAAGCAGGUGUCCUCCCAAGUGCUCUGAACCCCAAGGUGAACUUAUUUUCAGAGCUCACCCCUGAGGAAGUGGAUGAGUUGGGAUACACCCUCUACAGCUCUCUCUCAGAGCCAGAGGUCUUGCUGCAGACGUAAUGGGGCCUUACUGGGGGAAGUAUUGAUAGGGGUUAGCCAAGGUGGACUGCAAAAUGUGUCUCCUCCACUUCUCUCUCUCUCUGUCUCCUUUUAGUUCAUUAUUUCUUCCUUCUGUGGAGUUGGUGCUCCCACUGGAUUUCUUGGUGCUACUGGUCCAUUUC